AUGCUCUCACCCGCUAAGCUUCGACCAUGGGGCCACGUCCCGCAGCUCCCAGCAUUCAUGCUGGACCCUGCCGCGGCCACAUUAUCUACUACUGAUCACUAUGCGCGCCUCCUAGCAGCGGAGGACUUGCCUGCGAGCUACUACCUCGAAACCGCCGACUUCAAUGCAGCUGUGAGGACGGGCCUCCGUCUGCUCAAUUUCGGCCGUAACGGCCAGAUUGUCCACCAGGCGCGGAUGAUCCCCAUCGAUAUUCAUCUACCGAUCUUGGAAAUUAUGGCGGUGCUCAGCCAGCGCGGGGACUUGGCGCCGCUGAACGACUACAUGCCGGCUGAGUUGCCCGAGGAGUUUGAGCGGUUCGCGCCGGAGUACCUAGCCUACCAGCGCCAAGGCCGGGCAACUGAGUACAGUUACCAUCUUUCAUAG